UAUAUCAGCGCGGGGAUGACGCUGACCGCUGGGACCUGUGGCCCCGCAUGGCAGAGCGAAGCUAUACUAGGCGAGGCAGGACGCAGGAGCCCCAGCCUCGCUCGCCUACUCCAAAUCCCCUUCCCCGCACCCAGCCACCGCUCCCAGCCUCCGGCCGCCGUGCUGCGCGCAGGACAAGGCCCGAGCCUGAGCCUCAGUUCUGUCGCCAUGGACGAGGAAGCGAAGGCGGGUUCUAACACUGACGCCAACACCAACGCCGCCGCCGCCGCCGCAGCCAAGUCGGCAGCCGCUCCACCGCUGGCCUCGGGUUCGGAGUCGACUGAAAGGGAGGCGAAGGAGGAGGUGGUGGGGGAGGAGGGAGCGGUGGUGGAGAGGUUGGUGGAGCUGGUGGACGAGAUCGCGGCCAUCUCAGGCUUCAGGAACGCGUACCGGAGGCAGUUCUGCAACCUGUCGCGGCGGAUCCGGCUGCUCGCGCCCAUGCUGGAGGAGGCCAAGGAGACGCCGAGGCCGCUGCCGGUGGCGUCGGAGGCCUCGCUCCGGCAGCUCAGAGAAGCACUCGACUUCGCUGGGGAGCUGCUACGGCUCGGCAGCAGCGGCAGCAAGAUCUUCCUGGUUCUUGAGAGAGAGAAAAUAAUGAAGACUUUCCAAGACAUUACAGCAAGGCUUGAACAAGCCUUAGCUGGUAUCUCGUUUGAUGAGCUUAACAUAUCAGAUGAAGUAAGAGAGCAGGUUGAAUUGGUGCAUGCUCAGUUCAAAAGAGCUAAGGAACGAUCGGAUACAUCUGAUGAUGAUAUUUUUAAUGAUCUGAUGUCUGUCUACAGUUCAACCAGCGGUGCUAAUAUAGAUCCGGAUAUUCUUCGAAGGUUAUCUGAGAAGUUGCAGCUUGUCACAAUAUCUGACCUCAAUCAAGAAUCUCUGACCUUGCAUGAGAUGGCUAGUGGUGGUGAUCCUGGUGCAGUUGUUGAGAAGAUGUUGAUGCUCCUGAAAAAGAUCAAGGAUUUUAAGCAGACUGAAGACCCUGAAAUAGGCGCUCCAGCAAGUACAACAGACAUCUCCUCAAAAGACAACUCAACAUGUCCUGUUAUUCCUAAUGAUUUCCGUUGCCCAAUAUCACUGGAUUUAAUGAAAGACCCAGUUAUUGUCGCCACUGGACAGACUUACGAGCGAGGGUACAUAGAGAGGUGGCUGGAGGCUGGCCAUGACACCUGCCCGAAGACACAGCAGAAGCUUCCCAAUAAAUCCCUGACUCCAAACUAUGUCCUACGCAGCCUCAUAACUCAAUGGUGCGAGGCGAAUGGUAUGGAGUCGCCAAAAUGCUCUGCUCAACUUAGUAAUGCACCAGUGUCAUGUACUGCUGCUGAGCAUAGCAAUGUCGUUGAGCUUCUUCAGAAGCUGUCGUCCCAAAACCUUGAAGAUCAACGUGGUGCUGCUGGUGUGCUUCGUCAGCUUGCCAAGCGCAGUGCUGAAAAUCGUGCUUGUAUUGGAAAUGCUGGUGCUAUUCCUAUUCUUGUGAGCCUGCUAUCAACAACAGAUGUUAGCACCCAGGAACAUGUGGUUACUGCUCUCUUGAAUCUUUCCAUUUAUGAAGAGAACAAGGCAAGAAUAGUCACCUCCGGAGCUGUUCCUGGAAUUGUGCAUGUGUUAAAGAGAGGCAGCAUGGAGGCUCGGGAGAAUUCAGCUGCAACACUGUUCAGCCUUUCUAUUGUAGAUGAGAACAAGGUGACUAUUGGGGCUUCCGGGGCAAUUCCAGCUCUUGUACAGCUAUUGAGUAAUGGAAGUCAACGGGGUAAAAAGGAUGCGGCAACAGCACUAUUUAAUUUGUGUAUUUAUCAGGGCAACAAGGGUAAAACUGUUAGAGCUGGAUUGGUCCCUAUACUACUAGAACUACUCAUGGAGACUGAGAGUGGAAUGGUAGAUGAGGCCCUUGCAAUAUUGGCAAUCCUCUCUGGCCAUCCUGAAGGCAAGGCAGCUAUCGGUGCUGCUUCUGCAAUACCUGUUCUUGUUAGAGUUAUCAGAAAUGGAUCUGCAAGGAACAAAGAAAAUGCAGUUGCUGUUAUGGUGCAUCUCUGCAAUGGCGAACAGCAGCAACAGCAUCUUGCUGAAGCGCAGGAGCAGGGUAUUGUGUUUUUGCUGGAGGAUCUAGCAGAAAGUGGCACAGACAGAGGAAAGAGGAAAGCAAUCCAGCUGCUCGAAAGGAUGAAUCGGUUCCUAAAGCAGCAGAGUCAAGCCCAAGCCCAAGCUCAAGCAGAGGCCCUGGCACAGGCACAAAGGCAGGCUCAGGUGGUUCAAGCCCAAGCGCAAGCAGACAUGCAAGUAGAGCAAUCACUGCUUCCCACUUCAUCACAUAUUCCUGAUAGAUGAGGUGAUUGAUCAGCAGCUUGUUUGUGUAGUUAAUGGCUUGUUUUUUGGCUGAGGCUGGCAGGUGGAAGAUCGCCUGAAAUUCUUAUUGUGGAGGUUUGAUGUUUGUAUUGUACACUGCAAAUUAGGAGGUUUGGGCAACGUGAUUUAGGGCCAUGAGCAUGUUGACAUGUGGGUUUUGAGGCAACUGUUAACCUGCGUGUGUCGUUCGUACAAGGUACCGAUGAUUGAAUGUAGUAUCCUCGAGUUUUAGGGAGGUGUCGCUGUACUUGUACCGGGUGCUUAGUACAGGACUAAUUUUCUGGCUUCCUAGGUUGAUAAGUUUACAUGCCUGACAAACAGCUGCAGUAAAGCUUUAGUUCAAGUGUU